AAGGAGAGAAUCUAGGUGCCUUUGCUUAAUGCUAUUGCUCAGCGGCACCCUAAACCCUUCCGAGCGUCCUUCAAAUUAUUAACUAAUUCGUCAGACUUACCGCUUUCUUCUCUAUCAGUAUCAACGCUUUUCGUUACUCUGCAUCUUUUGUUAUCGGCCUUUUGCUUCCCUGUCUCGCGAUUUCUGCUCUUGCUUUCUGGGGUUUACUUGUUUCUUUCAACUAUGGCUUCAACGCUGUUGCUGGCUCUGGUUUUUGUGAUUGAUCUGAUUGCUUUCGCACUUGCUGUUGCAGCUGAGCAAAGGAGAAGCACCGCAACUGUUGGUAAUGAUGGAAAAGAAAGUUAUUGUGUUUAUGAUGAGGACAUUGCAACUGGUUUGGGUGUGGGUUCAUUCCUAUUCCUCCUCCUUAGUCAGCUACUAAUAAUGGUGGCUAGCCGAUGCUUGUGCUGUGGGAAGGCAAUGAGACCAAGUGGAUCUAGGGCAUGGGCAGUUGUCCUCUUUAUCACUUGUUGGGUGUUCUUUUUCAUUGCGGAGGCAUGCUUGCUGGCGGGGUCAGUACGGAAUGCAUAUCACACCAAGUACAAGAACCUCUUAAAUGAUCCCCCAUCAUGCGCAACACUGAGAAAGGGUGUCUUUGGCGCUGGGGCUGCAUUUGUUUUCUUAACAGCCAUAGUCUCUCAACUUUACUAUGUGAGUUAUUCCAAGGCUGAUGAAGCAACAGUUAACUACGGCAAAGACACCGGACUGAGGAUGGGAAACCGAUAGAUGAAUUUGCACGGAGAACAUCACAAGAAUUCUAAAUUCUUUAUUCAUCGUCGGUUGACCUUAAUGUUUUUGUUGUAGACAACUGAUCAUCUAUAUGUAUCUUAACCAUAGACAUUGGCAUGUGUUUUUUCCACUUUACAUUACAGGUUCCUGUUUAAGCAUUUUGCUGGUUUAUUAAGGGUUUCGUUCUUUUC